CAGCAGGAGCUGCUACUUCAAGCUGGCUAGCAGGCAGAUCCAAAGGAUAUCAUGAAGUUUCCAGGGCCUUUGGAAAACCAGAGAUUGUCUUUCCUGUUGGAAAAGGCAAUCACUAGGGAAGCGCAGAUGUGGAAAGUGAAUGUGCGGAAAAUGCCUUCAACUCAGAAUAUUUCUCCAUCCCAGAGAGAUGAAGUAAUUCAAUGGCUGGCCAAACUCAAGUACCAAUUCAACCUUUACCCAGAAACAUUUGCUCUGGCUGGCAGUCUUUUGGACAGGUUUUUAGCUACCGUAAAGGCUCAUCCGAUAUACUUGAGUUGUAUUGCAAUCAGCUGUUUUUUCCUAGCUACCAAGACUGUUGAGGAAGAUGAGAGAAUUCCAGUACUAAAGGUAUUGGCAAGAGACAGUUUCUGUGGAUGUUCCUCAUCUGAAAUUUUGAGAAUGGAGAGAAUUAUUCUGGAUAAGUUGAAUUGGGAUCUUCACACAGCCACACCAUUGGAUUGUCUUCAUAUUUUCCAUGCUAUUGCGGUGUCAACUAGGCCUCAGUUACUUUUCAGUUUGCCCAAAUUGAGCCCAUCUCAUUUGGCAGUCCUUACCAAGCAACUACUUCACUGUAUGGCCUGCAACCAACUUCUGCAAUUCAGAGGAUCCAUGCUUGCUCUGGCCAUGGUUAGUCUGGAAAUGGAGAAACUUAUUCCUGAUUGGCUUUCUCUUACAAUUGAACUGCUUCGGAAAGCACAGAUGGAUAGCUCCCAGUUGAUCCACUGUCGGGAGCUUGUGCCACAUCACCUUUCUACUCUGUAGUCUUCCCUGCCUCUAAAUUCCGUUUAUGUCUACUGUCCCCUCAAGCACACCCUGGUGACCUGUGACAAAGGAGUGUUCAGAUUACAUCCCUCCUCUGUCCCAGGCCCAGACUUCUCCAAGGACAACAGCAAGCCAGAAGUGCCAGUCAGAGGUACAGCAGCCUUUUACCAUCAUCUCCCAGCUGCCAGUGGGUGCAAGCAGACCUCUGCUAAACGCAAAGUAGAGGAAAUGGAAGUGGAUGACUUCUAUGAUGGAAUCAAACGGCUCUAUAAUGAAGAUAAUGUCUCAGAAAAUGUGGGUUCUGUGUGUGGCACUGACUUAUCAAGACAAGAGGGACAUGCUUCCCCUUGUCCACCUUUGCAGCCUAUUUCUGUCAUGUAGUUUCAACAAGUGUUACCUUUGAGUGUAAACUAAGGUAGACUACUCUGGGAAUGAGAACAUGCAAAAUCAGGAAAGGCUGUAGAAGGAUAUAUACCUUAACAGGCUGAUUUGGAGUGAGCCAG